GCCAAAGAUUGUGCCACAAAUUAGUGAAAACAAUUUAAAAGAAGGCCAAACAUAUAUAGCAAUGUGCGGCAUUAAUGAAGGCGAUCCACCAUUAACUUUUCAAUGGUCAAAGAAUGGUAAACCGUUGACAGAAUCCUCUCAUUGGGUAAUUCACCGCCAAGGAGAUUUUUCUUCUUCGCUUAUCAUAGCCUCGGUUAAAAGUGCAGAUGGCGGAAAUUAUACAUGUCUAGUAACAAACAAAGCAGGAUCCGAUAGUCUAACGACGAAAUUAUUAGUUUCAGUACCUCCUACAUGGAUUCGUCAGCCUUACGAUGUGUCCAUUAAAGCUGGAAACAAAUUAGUUCUUCAUUGCGAAGCUGAUGGCUAUCCAGUACCAACUGUUAAAUGGCGAAGAACAAAAGGGUUCAGUAUUGCUCAAUCAUCUCCUGUGACAGAAAACCAUUGGAAAAUUAUUGAAAGUGGUACAAUGUCUACUGUCGCUGCAAAAAAAGAUGAUGAAGGAUUUUAUACAUGUGAAGUGAGUAAUGGCAUUGGAGAAAACUUAUCCAAAACAGUCAGAGUUGAAGUUCAAGUACCUCCUACAGUUAAUGUAGAAUCAGUUCAGAAAAUGACAAGAAAUGGUGAAGAUUCUAUAUUAGUUUGUAACAUAACUGGAGAUAAACCGCUAAAUAUUUAUUGGACUAAAGAUGGAAAGAAACCGGACGAUAAUCAAAGGAUACAAAUAGUGCACACGAAUUUUGAAAGAAGCUACAAAUCAGUCUUAAAUAUUGAAUCUACUAAUAGAGAAGACAGUGGAUUGUAUGUUUGUAGUGCCAAUAACACAUUUGGACAUAGCCAGAUGGCAAUUAGACUAGGAAUUGUUGAGCCACCCAGCCAGCCUGAAGAGUUAAAAGUGAAAACAAUAUGGAGUAGAAGUGUUCGGCUGAGUUGGUUGCAGCCUUAUAAUGGAAAUACUGUAAUUCAAAAAUACAUUUGUAUUUAUAAAAAAGAAGACAAAAGCAGACCUGUUGAACUAAAAGUUGAUGGAUCUCAAAUGUCAAUCAUUGUACUUCGUUUAAAACCGUAUACAAAAUACCAAUUUCAAGUUAUUGCCGUCAACGAAGUUGGAAGUAGCAAACCUUCAGAAAUAGUUGUCGCCAUUACUUCUGAAGAAGAACCUGCAUCUCCUGCUUUUGAUCUUCAAGUAAGUGAAAAAUCAACCGCUUCAGCUGUUUUAACUUGGAAGUCUCCUCCAAAGCAUCAAUGGAAUGGCCCAUUAUUGGGAUUUUAUAUCGGAUAUAAGAAAACUAGCCAAGGGUCACAAAUAUCUUACUCAUACAAAAAUGUGAAAAUUAAUCACAAAGCAGAAAUUCAAAAAACUGUAUUAAACGAUCUGCAGAAGACUUCGACUUACACUGUGAUUGUUAUCGCUUACAACAGGGCUGGAUUAGGUCCACCUUCGGAACCGAUACUGUUAACGACAUCUUACGUUGAAUCUCCUCCAACACCGCGGAUAUCAAUUUUGUCAACUGAUCCAAAUUCAGUGACUAUGAGAAUUUUAUGGUCUUCGAAGAGAAACACUCCUCUAACUGGUUAUGUUGCUCACGUAAAACCUACUAAUGGACAGUGGCAAAUGGUUCGAUUGCCAUUGUCUCCAAAUAAUAAUUAUACUAUCGGAGGAUUGGUCAGUGGAGUUCAAUAUCAAAUGUAUUUAACAGCGAAGAACGAAUAUGGAGACAGUGGACCCACUGAAGUACUCAGCUUUCUUACAGCAAAUAAAAAAGCUAAUGACGAACCACUUUAUCAACAACUUUCCUUUACACUACCUGUCGUCGUCUCAUUGGUAAUAAUUAUAAUUCUUCCUUUGGUAUCCUGCUGUUGCAUGCACAAAUUAGACAGGCCGUUUUUAGAACCAGAAGGCGUCGAGGCACGCGGCUUUACUUAUACAGCAGCCACUCCAACUCAAAGACCCGAUUUAGUAACGACGGGAAUGGUUCGUUCCUUACCACGUGCUCCAGUUCCAGCUCCUACUCCUGCUCCUCCUCCUGUUCCCAUUCCGGCAUCCACUCCUGUACAGAAUCAAUCUACUUACUCCGCUCUUCAUACAUAUGGAAGUGAAGCGGAAUAUGAUGAUCCUAGAUACGAUAGUGUGGUGGAAGAAAUGAAGAAUUUCUUAGGUGCCAAUGCCAUGAAUCGCAAAACUACUUUGUAAAUCAUUCGAAACUUUUGGAGAUUUUUAUGUGCAUUUAAAAGUUUCUGAAGGAAGGCUUUUAUAUCUUAAAAUAUGUCCAAUUACAAUCCACAACAUGAAAACUGUUAAAUGUUUCUGUAGAUUAUAUGAUUAGAAGAAUUGUGUGAUUUGUUAAAAGUUUGCAUUCUGUAUUGAACUUCU